GGGUUUUGAUAUAAUCCCGGCACGUCCGUUUGUCCUCUCGUUCGUCCUCAGUGCAGGGUAACGCUACGCUCGCUCGCCGCAGCGGCAGAUACAGGCCACAGACCGCGAAUACUGCUUACCGACACACCUGACAGCCCAAGUGCGAGAAAACAAGCAUCCCAGACAUACGUGAGACUCUCUGGACAAUCAGUCAUGGACGCCAUCAUUCGCUGCCCGUUCCUGUCUCGAGUCCCUCAGACCUUCCUGCAGCAGGCUAGAAAGUCCUUGGUGGCGUACGCCGUGAAGUGUCCCGUCAUGAUGGACCUUGCGUCGAGGCCGCUGGUGCGCUCGCUCUGCUCCUCGUCCUCCAGCUUCCAGAAGAGUGAGGGCACUCCUCCAGCCGGCGAGGGAGCCAAAGAGGUGGCCAGAGUGCACCCCGCGCCGCCCGCCGGUCACGCGUCCGCCUCCAGAUGCCCGUUCCUGGCGGCAGAGAUGGGGCAGAGGAACAGCGGCGUGGUGCGGCAGGCCAGCAUGGCGCUUCAGGAGGACGUCUCUGAAGUUCGCACCGUGUGCAAAGACGUCUCGCCAUCUGAGCUGAAUCCUUUGGUGAAGGACACCAAGAUCGGAGGAAACCUGAUGAAGAAGCUGAUGAAGCAGCGGCCCACUCGGGUCUCUCAUUUGCUGCAGGAGAACAUGCCCAAAACCGUGUCCAACUUUCGCUAUGACGAGUUCUUCGAGAAGAAGAUCGAGGAGAAGAAGGAGGAUCACACGUACCGCGUGUUUAAAACGGUGAACCGUAAAGCGACGGAGUUCCCGAUGGCGGACGAUUACACCGAGUCGCUGUCCUUCAAGAGAAGUGUUUCUGUGUGGUGCAGCAACGACUAUCUGGGCAUGAGCCGCCACCCGCGGGUGGUGCAGACCAUAAUGGACACUUUAGAGAAACACGGUUCUGGAGCCGGAGGCACUCGAAAUAUAUCGGGGACGAGUAAGUUUCACGUGGACCUGGAGCACGAGCUGGCCGAUCUUCACGGGAAGGACGCAGCCUUGCUCUUCACCUCGUGUUUCGUGGCCAAUGACUCCACGCUCUUCACGCUGGCUAAGAUGCUGCCUGGUUGCGAGAUCUAUUCAGACGCGGGCAAUCACGCCUCAAUGAUUCAGGGCAUCAGGAACAGCGGCGCCAGGAAGUUUAUCUUCCGCCACAAUGACGCCAAGCACUUGCGCGAGCUGCUGGAGAAAUCGGAUCCCUCCGCUCCCAAGAUCGUGGCCUUUGAGACGGUGCACUCGAUGGACGGCGCCGUGUGUCCGCUGGAGCAGAUGUGUGACGUGGCUCACGAGUUCGGCGCCAUCACGUUCGUGGACGAGGUGCAUGCGGUGGGGCUCUACGGCCCCCGAGGAGGCGGCAUCGGAGACCGGGACGGAGUCAUGCACAAGAUGGACAUCAUCUCCGGCACUCUGGGGAAGGCGUUUGGCUGUGUGGGCGGCUACAUCGCCAGCACUAACGCUCUGGUGGACACGGUGCGCUCAUACGCCGCAGGCUUCAUCUUCACCACGUCUCUGCCGCCCAUGCUGUUGUCCGGCGCGCGCCAGUCCGUCCAGAUCCUGAAGAGCGAGGAGGGCCGCGCGCUGCGCCGCAAACACCAGCGCAACGUCAAGCUGCUGCGGCAGAUGCUGCUGGACACGGGCCUGCCGGUGGUGCACUGCCCCAGCCACAUCAUCCCCGUCAGGGUGUGCACACUCGCUGUUUCCUUACACCUCUUAUCUGCUUUUUGCAUUAAAAAAACGCAAUAAUGCUUAUUUUAAGGUGUCCUUUUUACACACAUUA